AUGUCCUUGUCGGUAAAAGAUCAACUUUACCCGAUCGAAUCCUUAAAGACGGCGACUCCACCGAGGAUCCCGGGCUAUUACUCUUCCAUCCUGCCCCAUCCCCACUACCUUGAUGUGCUCCGCUCCUCUGAUGAAGUCUUCCAGCCUCUCAAGUCCCUGGGCAGGCUGCUCACUGACUCCAGCUCAGUCAUGCCAUUCACUUUCAGCAACUUCUCAUUUCUCAACGACUCUCCGCGCGGAACCGAGCGGCUCUGCAGCAUCUUGCCGGCGGCUUCCCUGCCCGUCUUCGGUAAAAUGCCGAGCAGCCUGAACCCGGUCUACCCCCGAGACCACGACAAGCAAGCGGUGACCUCCUGCCUCCCCGCCGCCCCGGCCCAGGAGAGUCGGGGCUCCUGCACUCGGCCUCACGCCAGCCAGAAGCCCUGUGUGCUGCCGCGGAAGCCAGCAGCUCCGAGGUGCCAGUUUACCGAGGAGGACCUGAACACCGUUCUGUACGGCCGCAUGAACACGGGCAGUGCCGACCAGCUGGCCGCUCACGCUAUCUCAGGGCUGCGGAUAUCGGGAAACACAGGUGGGCCCGAGUCCCAGGUUCAGCUCCUGGACAGAGACACUUUGGAAAUCCCAGUGGGUCUCGCUGUCUCUCACACCUUCUACGGGGGAGUUUCUCAUCUCGGCGUCUUCUGUUCCCAACAUCUAAUCCCCAAGGGGGUCCGAUUUGGACCGUUUACAGGAAAAGUGGUGAAUAUGAGUGAAAUUAAAACCUAUGACGACAACUCCUUUAUGUGGGAGAUUUUUGAAGACGGCAGACUGAGUCACUUCAUAGACGGGAAAGGGGCGGCUAGUAAUUGGAUGGCCUUGGUGAACUGCGCCAGGUCGCCCCAAGAACAGAAUUUAACAGCCGUCCAGAGCGAAGGAAAAAUCUUCUACGAGACAUGCAAGGAUGUAGCGGAGAAGCAGGAGCUGCUGGUGUGGUAUGGAGACUGCUACCUACAGUUUAUGGGAAUCCCGGUCACUUUAAAGGAAAUGACUGAAAGCCCAUUCACAGAGCAGGCUGAAGAGUCCGGAGAGGGUUUUAAAUGUGAGAGGUGUGGGAAGGUAUUCGCCUACAAGUACUACAGGGACAAACAUCUGAAGUACACCCGCUGUGUGGACCAGGGCGAUCGCAAAUACCCCUGUCACCUGUGCAGCAGAUCGUUUGAGAAGAGAGACAGACUGAGGAUCCAUAUCCUGCAUGUACACGAGAAACACCGGCCUCACAAAUGCUCCGUAUGUGGGAAGAGCUUCUCGCAGUCCUCCAGUCUUAAUAAACAUAUGAGGGUUCACUCAGGAGAGCGGCCGUACAAAUGUGUUUACUGCAACAAGGCCUUCACUGCCUCAAGCAUCUUGCGUACCCAUAUUCGCCAGCACUCUGGAGAGAAACCCUUCAAAUGCCGACACUGUGGCAAAGCAUUUGCCUCGCAUGCAGCCCACGACAGCCAUGUGAGGCGCACACACUCUAAAGACAAAGGUUUUGCUUGUGCAAUCUGUGACAAGAGCUUUGUGGAAGCGCAUGAGCUCAAGUAUCACCAGGUGCAGCUGCACACAGGUUAG